CGUAAAGAUAUCUGAGUUGAUAUUUUCAAUUUUUUUUGUACUAAAAAUAAGAUUACAGUUUAAGUCAAUUUAAUUACAGAUUAAUUUUCAGAUUUACAAUUUGAGAAAGGACCUGGAAUUUUUUACAGGUUUCAAUGUUUUCAUUUCUUAAAUAGAAUCAUUAAACCAACCAUUGAUCUAUCCAUACAUCUAUCAGUAUCAUUUAAAUUCAUAACAAUGGCUCCAGCAGCAACAUCAAAGAAAAGUGCGGGUGCAGCUUCAUCUUCAAGUUUAGCCAAAUCAAUCCGAAGUUUAUCGUUCAAAGCUAGAUUCAGAUUUAGUUAUGGAUAUAAUAAUGAUAUAUAUGAAUACAUUACAAAGUAUAGGACAGCUUGGGAGAAAUCAUUGUUUUAUAUAGAUGAGAAACAUACAUUAGACCAGAUUAAACAAGAAGUCAUCGUACCGAAAGAAUUGAUAUCGGUAAAUAUCAAACAAUUACAUAUUCCAGAUGCAAAAUUUAAAGGUAUAGAUAAAAAUCAAAUUCAAAAUACCUUCCAAUCAGAUUUAGUAUUAUCAUUAAAGAAAGGAAGUACCAAUAAACUCCAUACUUUGAAAAUAUCACAACCAUUCUCCUUGGAUUCUGUUUCUAGAAAGGGGUAUCUUUUAAACACAGGUGGUCAUAUAACAUCUACAAAAUGGUUAUAUAGAAAAUUAGAUGAAUCAAUUAAAGAACAUUAUCUUGCUGUAUCAAUAAUCUAUGGCCAUGAUGGUAUCGAAAACACAAUCAACAAUGAAGAAUUGUCAUUAUUCCCUACUCUAUCUGAUCAAAAGAAUAUUAAAUCAGGUAUCCAGAUUUGGAAAUAUAAUCUUCAAGAUAAUAAACUUGAAAUGAUAAAAUUCUACAUAACUACCGAUAUAGGUGCAACAAAUAAUCUUAAUUGGUUACCUAUAAACAUAGAAGGUGAUAAAAAGUCAUUGGGAGUAUUAGUGGGGAGUUUCACGGAUGGGAAAGUACAUCUUAUAAAAGUUACUACUAAUGGACCUCAAUUUGCUGAACUUAUAAAACCAUCAUUUUCAUAUUCUAUCCCAGUAUCAAGUGGGAUUGACAUAGUAUCUGUAACUACAUUUGAUUUUAUUGGUCAUGAUAAGAUUCUUGUUGGUUUGAGUGAUGGUUGUAUCGCAGAGUUUAUUUUACCUUAUUAUAAACUUGAAUCACAAUUUGAUGAGAAUGAUGUAUUAGUACCCUCCUUUAUAUCAAAAGUUGCCAGUAGUGCAAUUUCAUCAUUAGUAACAGCAGAACCAGAACCAGAUCAUUAUGUGAUAGUGAUCAAUUCUCUUGGUAUACAAUCUCUUGCAUUUGAAUAUCUGAAUUCUAUUCAAGGACUUAUAUUACCACUUUCUGCUAAAUCAAGCAUUACACCAACUUAUAAUCCAGCCCUUCAAACCCUUAUUGGAACUCCAAACCAAGAUACUCUUGGAUUCAAUUUUAUAAGAAGUCCUCAUGAAGGUUCUAAUCUAUUAAUUAAAUUGGAUUCAUUUAUAACAUCAACCAAAACUUCAGAAAGAUUAGGUCAUCCAUUAACUUUAACCGGUACAUCUGGAGGAGAUUUAUUUGUGGUUAAUCAUAGUAGAAAGUUUCUUAAUGGAGGUAAACCCAAUAAUAAGAUGAUGAAGAUUCUCAAACUUUGGAAAUUAAGAUUAAAGGAAAGUUUAGAACUUUCAGCGGAUUAUGAAUUAAUCCCCAGUGAAGAACCUUCUCAAUUCCCCGUUGAACCAGCUCAAACUGUUAUAUCAUCAAUAUCAUGGAAUGAGAAUGCUACAGGGUCUUCAUUAUAUAGCGCAGGUACGUUAUCUGGUCUUUUAAUCGUUGAAAGAUUAGAUCCCGAAGCGUAAAUGGUUUUAUUUAUGUACAU